AUGUCGGGCAGCCGUACAUAUGAUGAAGUAAGCGAAACUGAUUCAGGCGGUAUUGAUGGUGACGGUAAGGACAAAAUAGCAUUUAGGGAAACAAAAAUAAACAUCAACAGGGAAAUACUCACCACAUCGCAAAGCGAUACAAAGUUUAAAACAAGGGGUAUAAAUUGUGAUUUCAUUCCUAAAAGCAGAAUCAUGGAGUGUCGCAAAUCGUCCAAAUCAAAGUGGAGCGUUGAGCAAGAACCUGACGUGCAGUAUUCCAUCACGGAAUUGGAAGAAUUGACGAGAGAAGCACAAAAAGAACAGAAGCAGGCAUUACAAGAGGAAAGAGAAUUAAAGAGAAUCAUGCAGGAAAACUUGUUUAAAAUCAAGCAAGAAACGGCACAGGUAAAAACCAAAAAUGAACAACUAAAAAGGUUGAUCGAACAGUCAUCAGGGUGGAGAGUGAGCGAAAAAUCGAGCAAGAAGCAACAACCGUGGAAAAUGGAAACAUUUAUAAAACAAGAAAGCAAACCAUCGACGAGCGAUGUGAAAAAGCAUAAGAAAAGUGAGGAUUAUGACAGCAAAACAGAACAAAUAAGAGGACGUAAAAGAAGCGGCGAGUUAUAUGUCGAUUUACGUACGAUCCCUAGACCCAGAAAUAAAGGAGGUCAAUAUAGAAAUUGGACGCAAAAGGAUUUGGACAAAUAUAGGCAGUCUAAGAGAAAGAGGAUAAACGUGGUGAAUUCUUCCGAUGAGGAAACAAGACAGGAAGAAAUAACAAGUAUCAAAUCAAUGGAAGAUACACCGACAACAGCAAAAAUAAGCGAGGAAUCAUCAAAGAGACUGCGAAUUAAAGGAAUAAAGAGGAAACAAUUCCUACCCAAGGAGACGAGCACACCAAUAGUGCAGUAUCCAGAAACAGAGCCAGGAGAACAACACCCAGAACCGGAAAGCAGCACCCGAGCAGAUUCAGAUGAGUACGUUCCCGUAAUUUUACUCACGGACGUAUCAGGAUCGACGAAUAUAAAGAAAAGGGAGUCACAAAUGACAAGAGACGACAGCGAAGUGACUAGAGAAACGAUUGAGAUGAAAAACAACGGUGAGUCUACAAAUAUAAAAUCAAGCGACUCUACUAUCUCAAUCGGAUUACAAAAAGACAAUCAGCCGAGAAGCGUUGAAACGACGGUGACAUUGUCAGAAGAAACCGAAGAUUCGGAAAAGCACGUCGAACCGGAGACGACCGCUCUUAAAAAGACGGAAACGAGCGGGGGCCAGGUGCAGCCGACACGGUUGCAGGAGGAGGAGCGAGUUACUAAUCCGGCGAGCGACGACAAGGAGGAAGGCGUCAAGGAGUAA